CUAUAACUCACUAUAACACACACUAUAACUCACUAUAACACACACUAUAACUCACUAUAACACACACUAUAACUCACUAUAACACACACUAUAACACACUAUAACACACACUAUAACACACUAUAACACACACUAUAACACACACUAUAACACACUAUAACUCCGGACUUUAACCUGUUGUUGUGUGUAAAAGACGAAACCACGUGAUAGAUAAGUUUGUGUACGGAACAAAGUCCAGUUAUUUUAUACAGCAGUGUGUCUGUGAUACUGAGGCAGAUUUAUUCUGUAACAAUGGCUCUGUACACGAGAGUGAAGGAAUCAAUUGCUGUCAUUACUCUGAAAAACCCCCCUGUUAACGCUCUCAGCACUGCUGUACGCAGAGGAAUCAUGGAGUCACUGUCCCAGGCACUGCAGGACGAGCAGGUGAAGGUCGUGGUGUUGUGUGGAGAGAACAACACCUUCUGUGGAGGAGCAGACAUUAAGGAGUUUUCGGGCUCCAUGUCUGGUCCUCCUCUGGUUCCAAUGAUCCAUUCCAUAGAGGCUAGUGAGAAGCUGAUGGUGGCGGCCAUAGAGGGCGUAGCUUUGGGGGGUGGACUGGAGCUAGCACUUGGCUGUCAUUACCGUGUUGCUGACACUAAUGCCCGUUUGGGUCUCCCUGAAGUGACCCUCGGUUUGCUUCCUGCUGCUGGAGGAACGCAGCGUCUUCCUCGGCUCAUCGGCAUCACUGCAGCCCUGGAGCUAAUCACCACAGGUCGCCAAAUAUCAGCGAAGGAAGCGCUGCAGCUCGGCGUUGUGGAUCGGGUUAUUGAGGGGAAUGCUGUGCUGGCUGCCAUGGAGCUUGCAAUAAGUGUUAUAGGUCAGCCACUAAACCCCCGCAGGUUGAGUCUGCAAGAUCCUGCAUGGGUGCCAGAUGUGGAUUAUGUGUGCGAGGCAGCUUUAGCACGGGUGAAGCAGCGUUCUCAGGGAGCGAUGGCUCCAUUGGCAUGUGUUCAGGCCGUCAGAGCAGCGGCCAUGUUGCCCUACAGAAAAGGAAUGGAGAAAGAAAGACAGCUGAUGGACAUGCUCUUUAGGUCCAGCCAAGCUCGAGCCAUGCAGUACGCCUUUUUUGCACAGAGGAGUGCUGGGAAAUGGAGUCUUCCUAAUGGGGCACGAUGGAACAACACCAAGGCCAGGAAUGUCGAACGAGUUGGAGUCAUAGGUCUGGGCACCAUGGGUCAGGGCAUUGCUGUAUCCCUAGUUAAAGCAGGAAUAUCUGUAGUUGCCAUAGAGGUGGAUACAAAGCAGUUGGAGUUGGGUAAGAAGGCGGUGACUGCCAUGCUGCAGAGAUAUGCUCAGAGACAGGGAGUCAGUUCUCCUUUACACCUUCUCAAAUUCACACUCUCAUUCCACCAACUGAAGGAUGUGGACCUGGUCAUCGAGGCUGUGUUUGAGGACAUGAACCUUAAAAAGCGUGUUUUUAGUGAACUGUGCAAUGUGUUGAAGGAAAACACCAUAAUAUGCACCAACACAUCAGGGCUGAAUGUAGAUGAGCUCGCGGCAGUCACCGAUCGACGGCACCUGGUGGUCGGGAUGCAUUUUUUUGCUCCAGCUCACGUCAUGAGGCUUCUCGAAGUUGUUUAUGGAUCCAGGUCGUCACCUGAAGCUGUUGCCAUGGCAAUGGCACUUGGAAAGAGAAUGCAAAAGGUGUGUGUUGCUGUGGGAAACUGCUCUGGUUUUGUGGGUAACCGCAUGUUAAAGCAUUAUAUGGAUCAGUCUGUCUACCUGCUGGAGGAAGGAGCCACUCCUGAGCAAGUGGACCAGGCUCUCGAGGAGUUUGGAUUCGCCAUGGGGAUCUUCAAAGUGGCCGAUCUUUCCGGUUUGGAUGUUGGAUGGAGAGUUCGCAAAGCUUCUGGUUUGAUUGGUCCUGACAUUGACCCAGUAAAUCCUUCACGAUCGCGGCUUGGACGGAGAUAUUGCCCUCUUCCUGACAUGCUGUGCCAACAGGGACGCUUCGGGCAGAAAACAGGCCGUGGUUGGUACCUCUACAACUCUCCUGGGUCCAAAGAAGCAAAGUGUGAUCCGGAGAUCCUAAAAUUCCUGGAGGAUUACAGGCUUAAAUAUGGGAUCAUACCACGGCGUAUCUCCUCACAGGAAGUGAUCGAAAGAUGUGCCUUCAGUUUGGCCAAUGAGGGAUUCCGUAUCCUGGAGGAGGGGAUAACGGCAGGUCCAGAAGACAUUGACAUUAUCUACUUGUUUGGUUAUGGAUGGCCAAGAUACCGCGGAGGUCCGAUGUUUUAUGCUGCUCAGGUUGGGUUGUCUGUUGUGCUGGAGAAACUGGAGCAUUAUCACCACCUUCAUCCAGAUGUGCCGAGUCUAGAGCCAAGCCACUUACUGAGGAAACUGGUGGCUGAAGGAAGUCCACCAAUACAGCAAUGGAGGAGCCAUAUCAAGAACCUACACAGUCAACUGUAAACUACGUGUUAUUUUGUUAAUAUCAGCGUUGUGCAGUAUAGUGAACAGUUCUGACAUCUCUGAUCAGUGGAAAGCAUUAACAUGUGAGAUGGUACUUGGUUAUACUCAGCAGGUACUACAUAGUCCACUAGACUGUACAUAAUGUAAAUGUGUCAUGCAUAAUCAAACACAGGGUGGACCACUCAAUAAAGGAAAGACUUUAUUUUAUUUUGAAACACUAAGCCUUAAACAUCCACCCAUUCAGAUGGGAUUAAACGUACAUGGGACCCUAGAAUAGCUUCUUACUUUUCAGGUUCUACUCUGUGAUAUUAUGCAUGUCCAGAUCAGCCGUCAGUGUUUUCUUCACUGAAUCAUUCAUUAAACUCAUCCCUUCUGACAAUAUUAGUCCAGAUACCUGCAUGUAUUUCACUGCUGUUACUGCUCUCAUAUCAACAGGCAACACCUUUGUCCAUUCCCCAGAAAUUACACUCCAAAGCAAACGUAGUUUUCAAAUUCUUGCAAAAAUGCCAAACUAACAGCUGUGUUUGUGAUGCAAAAAUACAGGUUUAUAGAAAGUACAACUCAUCGGAACCUUGAUGUUUUUACACCGAGGAGACGUCCCACAGUCCCAGUGCAGUCUCCACACUAUAAUCACAUGAUGAGACUCUGGAAUGUCAUUAGUAGAGGUGGAGAGAAGAGCGUUUAGAGUGCAGAUUAAUCAAGAAAAAAAAUAUCAGGCACGUUUCAUAUUAAUCAAAUAGAUGCUUAAAUGCUUUUUGUUCAUUCAUUUUAUAAAUAAAUGGAAAUUAUAUAUUUUUCAUAAUAAUGUUCAUCUUGUAUGCAGAAUAACAGGAUUAUAACAUGAUCAUAUUAUAUUUGCUACAUAUUACACCAACAUAUACAUGUCUGUGAUCAUAAGGGUACAUGAUAUUAUUAUAUUAAGAUCAAAUGCAGAUCAAUAUUAAUAUUAUUAAAUCUUUACUGCAGUAAAUUGUGAAUUUAUACCUAUAAAAUCUAUAACAAUUUAAUGAAAUAAAGUCAUAAAUAAUUUUGUGUUUGCA